CUCUUUUUGUCCCCUAGCGGACGCACGGCGCAUCUGCAAUAUCAAGCGAAACGAGGGGGGAAAAAGACAGGGAUGAACGCCAUGUCUGAUCCCGCCGUGGAGGAGUAAAAGAGAGGGGAAAAGAUUACAACCGAGGAGAGAGGAAAAGCGUUUGCGGCGGUUGGAGGUGAUUAAGUCGGUGCAGGGUGAGAGGCGAGUCCCGGUGCUCGGCCAUGGCGGAGAACACCGCGGGAAGUGCGCACGGCUCGUCGGCGGCCAAGGCACAGCUCCGCUCCUCACCGCGCCUCAAGAAACUCGAGAAACUCGCCGUGUACUCUUCCUGCAAGGCUGAAGGAGCUUGUAAGUGUAAUGGUUGGAAGAGUCAAAACCCACCUCCUACUCCUCCACCUCCAACCCCUCCCAGGGCUGAGCAGCCAAACUCUGUUAAUCUUCUGGAGCCUUGCAGGAGUUGCAGCCACCCUUUAGGAGAUCAUGUAACACAUCUGGAGAACGUAUCAGAAGACGAGAUGAACAGGUUACUGGGCAUCGUGCUAGACGUGGAGUAUCUCUACACGUGCGUCCACAAAGAGGAGGACGCUGACACUAAGCAAGUUUACUUCUCUCUCUUUAAGCUGCUAAGGAAAUGCAUCCUGCAAAUGGGGAGGCCUGUGGUGGAGGCUUUAGAGAGUCCACCAUUUGAGAAACCCAACAUUGAGCAGGGAGUGAAUAACUUUGUACAGUACAAGUUCAGUCACCUACCAUCUAAAGAGCGACAGACCAUCGUGGAACUGGCCAAGAUGUUCCUCAACCAGAUUAAUAUCUGGCAGCUGGAGACACCAUCGCAAAGACGACAGCGUGUUCCCGUCGAUGACGCAGCUGGAUACAAAAUCAACUACACAAGGUGGCUGUGCUACUGUAACGUGCCACAGUUUUGUGACAGUCUCCCGCGCUACGAGGCCACACAGAUCUUUGGGCGAACUCUGCUGCGUUCUGUCUUCACCAUCAUGAGAAAACAGCUGCUGGAGCAGGCCAGGCAGGAGAAGGACAAACUGCCUCCUGAGAAACGAACACUCAUCCUUACACACUUCCCCAAAUUUCUGUCUAUGUUGGAGGAGGAGGUAUACAGUCCUAAUUCUCCUAUCUGGAUUGAAGACUCCAUGGGUGGAGUUUCAGGGGGAAAUAUCCCUAGAGUAAUCAGUGCACCACAGGUAACACGGCCACUCUACUGCACCACUACGUCCUCCCCUGCUGGUCUGACAGGAACAGGCAGCAUGAGUCCAGUAUGCAAAACUACCUCCGCUGUGGAACCUAGUGCAGUUGGAGACAAGCGAAAGUCCUCUGAGAUGUUGUCUCAUGAGGAUAGUAAGAAAGCUCGGGCAAUGGGAGACAUUCCAAUGGAGCUGAUCAAUGAGGUCAUGUCCACCAUCACAGAUCCUGCUGCCAUGCUUGGACCAGAGACCAGCCUUCUCUCAGCUCACUCUGCACGGGAUGAAGCUGCACGCCUGGAAGAGAGACGAGGAGUGAUAGAGUUUCACGUCAUUGGUAACUCCCUCAACCAGAAGCCUAACAAGAAGAUUUUGAUGUGGCUGGUGGGCCUUCAGAAUGUUUUCUCUCACCAGCUGCCCCGAAUGCCCAAAGAGUACAUCACACGCCUUGUCUUUGACCCAAAACACAAGACUCUGUCUCUGAUCAAAGAUGGUCGAGUGAUUGGAGGAAUCUGCUUCCGGAUGUUUCCAUCGCAGGGCUUCACAGAAAUAGUUUUUUGUGCUGUAACCUCCAAUGAGCAGGUCAAGGGUUAUGGAACACACCUGAUGAACCACCUAAAAGAGUAUCACAUCAAACACGAGAUACUUAACUUCCUCACGUAUGCUGACGAGUAUGCUAUUGGCUACUUCAAAAAGCAGGGAUUCUCUAAAGACAUAAAGAUUCCUAAAGCCAAGUAUGUGGGAUACAUUAAAGACUAUGAGGGAGCUACGCUCAUGGGCUGUGAACUCAACCCCAGCAUACCAUAUACAGAAUUCUCUGUCAUCAUUAAGAAACAGAAAGAGAUUAUUAAGAAGCUGAUUGAGAGGAAGCAGGCACAGAUACGCAAGGUGUAUCCUGGUCUUUCCUGUUUUAAGGAGGGCAUUCGUCAGAUUCCCAUUGAGAGCAUUCCAGGCAUACGUGAAACUGGGUGGAAACCUAUGGGGAAAAGCAGAGAGGUGAAAGAUCCAGAUCAGUUGUGUGGCACCUUAAAAACAAUUCUGCAGCAGGUUAAGUCCCACCAAAACGCAUGGCCCUUUAUGGAACCUGUAAAGAAGAAUGAUGCACCUGGAUAUUACCAAGUCAUUCGCUUUCCUAUGGACUUGAAGACUAUGAGUGAGCGCCUGAAGAGUCGCUACUACACCACAAGGAAGCUGUUUAUGGCGGACAUGCAGCGAAUCUUCACUAACUGUCGGGAGUACAACCCGCCUGAGAGCGAGUACUUCAAGUGUGCUAACCUGCUGGAGAAGUACUUCUACAUUAAGAUUAAAGAGGCUGGCCUUAUCGACAAGUAGAACCAUCUGAGGGACUUGUCUGCACUUAUUUUUUUAAUCCAUUUCUUGCACUUUUUUCUCCAGUGGCACUUGUCAGACUUUUAGGCAUGAAAGGGUUUUACAGUUCAAAACUGUUCCCAUAAAAUUGGUUGUAGCACAAAAAAUGUAUGUUAUCAGCGUAGAUGAUCUGGGAGAGAAAUGUGUACGCGGGUGUGAUCUGCACAAGGACAUCUUGGUGCGUACAUUGUGUCCCUCAUGAGUCUUAAACAUUUCCCCUGCCAAAAACAAGAUUUCACCAUAUAGGUUUGAGUAAGAACCUAUAUAAGUAAUCUAACUUUAAAUAAUAGCUGUAUAUUUUCUAUAGUAGAGAGUUUGGCCUUGUGUAGAUGGACAUACUUUGUACAUCAUGCAAGUGACAUUACUCAAAAAGCCACAUACUUCUGCUACAUUUUCUUUGUAAAAAUCUGGACUUAUUUAAAUAUAUUGUUAUAAAUACAAGCAUUUCUAAGGUUAAGGUCCAUAAGAAAAUGGGUUGUUGCUCUGCAUCAGACACAAAAGUCUUACUGUAUUUGGUCUUAACUGCUAUACAAGUGAUGAAACAAACACAACCUUGUAGUUAGACAGCAACAAGAGAAAAUGUGCAAUAACAGAUUUGAUGUUUUGUAAAAUGUUUGUACUUUUAAAUAUAUAGAAAGAGAUGGACUUUGUAUUAUGGAAUUUUAUAGAAGUAUUAAACUUUAGAUCAGUCAAA